UUCUCUUUCUCAGUUUUGGGGGCGUGUUUUGAUAUCAUGCAGCUCAUUGUAAUAAGUGUUACUUGCUGGUGCGACACUCAUUAGACAGCUGCCGUCUCACAACAGCUCUUCAGUCUUUUUUCAAGAUGCAGAGGUGGGUUGUGAUCUGUGCUUUCCUGACCCUGGUCAGUGCACAUGAGUGUCCAGAUGGAGGACGAUGUGAAGUCGGUCAUACCUGCUGCCAUGACCCGGCUAAUGGCUAUGAAUGCUGCCCAUUUGAACAGGCUGAGUGCUGUGAGGAUCACGAUCACUGCUGUCCUGCAGGAAUGCUCUGUGAUACAGCAACAUCCAGCUGCAUGAACUCUACAGUGUCCAUUCCCUGGAUAGAAAGAAGUGAUGCGAAUACACCCCAAAAAUCUAAAUCUUUCAGAAUGAUAAAAUCAUACAUCGGGGAAGAGGAUGACAACAUUUGUCCUGAUCAGUCCCGAUGUCCAGCUGAGUUUUCUUGUCUGAGGGCUUUGACAAAGUUUGGCUGCUGUCCUUUAGCUCAGGGAGUCCCAUGCCCUGAUGGGAAACACUGCUGUCCAGAGGGUCACCAGUGCAGCGCAGACUGCCGCUCUUGUAUCAAGAAAGAGUUUGUGGCUACGGUGUUGUGCGGUGACAAAGUGUCAGAGUGUCCUGAUGGAACGACAUGCUGUGAAACUCCAAGUGGCAAGUGGGGAUGUUGUCCAAUGCCAAAUGCUGUGUGCUGCUCCGAUAAGUUACACUGCUGUCCUGAAGGGAACGCAUGUGAUCUGGAGCACUCGAAAUGUAUUUCACCUUUGACUAAAAAAGUGACACCCAUGUGGGCCAAAUUCCCUGCUCGAAUCAGAGAAGAGUGGGAGGACAAGAAAGAGGGAGAAGUGACAGCACAGACAGUUCAUGAUGAGAAACCCCCUGAAGUCACCACCGCAAAUACAGUUCCUCCUACAGAGAAGGAAGUACCGUCCUUGUCUGUCUCUCAGGCAGCCCCAGGCAAUGAUGUCCCCUGUAAUAGCACAGUAGCCUGUCAAGAUGGCACCACCUGCUGUAAAACUCGAGAGGGUGAAUGGGCUUGCUGUCCUCUACCAGAGGCUGUUUGUUGUGAGGAUUUCAUUCACUGCUGCCCCAAAGGCAAGAAAUGUAACCUGGCUGCACAGACCUGUGAUGAUGAAAAAUGCUCUGGGCCGAUGGUCGAGAAGGUCCCCACAAUCCCCUUGCAGGGUGCUCGGGUAGGGGAUGUGCCAUGUAAUGAUACACAGAGUUGUCCUGACGGUACCACCUGCUGCAAGAAAGAAUCAGGAGAUUGGGGCUGCUGUCCUCUUCCCAAGGCGGUCUGCUGUGAGGACCAUGAACACUGUUGCCCCGAAGGCACCACCUGUGACCUCACCACCUUCAGCUGUCAGAAAGGCUCAGCCUCUACACCCAUGCAGAAGAAGUUUCCUCCAUUUUCAACAAUGGCAACGACUCCAUUGCAGCCUGCAUCCCAGAGCACGGGGGUGGCAACCACACUGCAAACAACUGCUGAAUAUAAGGAGGAGCCAAAGACAGAGGAAGGGAAGGGCACUGUUCAAUGUGACCCCCACACCUCCUGCCCUCACUCCGCCACCUGCUGCUUCAUGAAGUCAGCUCAAAAGUAUGGCUGCUGCCCACUGCCAUAUGCUGUGUGCUGCUCUGAUGGGAGCCAUUGCUGUCCCACAGGCUACAAGUGCAGUGAGCACCAGACAUGCACCAAAGGAGAAGUUGUGAUUCCUUGGUACACUAAAAUUCCAGCGAUUACCCGCGUCCCGUCUUAUCCAGGGUCUGUGCAUUGCGAUGAUCAGUCUCAGUGUCCUGAUCACACCACCUGCUGCCAGCUGUCAACUGGCCAAUGGGGGUGCUGCCCGCUAGAGGAGGCUGUGUGCUGUCAAGAUAAGAAGCACUGCUGCCCUGAAGGUUACACCUGUGACCUCGCCUCCGGCUCCUGUCAGAAGCUCAUCAUGUUGCAGCUGGAGAUGGUGCCGUUAACUCUUGUGCUUCUGCCUGAGCCUGUACCUCGCCUGCCUCACUCAGAACACAGAGAUGUCAAGUGUGAUGACACCACGAGUUGUGAGGAUGGACAGACCUGCUGCAAGAUGUCUGCCACCACAUGGGGCUGCUGUCCACUUCCUGAUGCGGUGUGCUGCAGCGACAGACUGCACUGCUGUCCCAAAGGCUACACAUGCAAUGCAGCAGGAGAUUGCAUCCAGGACACCGCGCUCAGCUGGCAGGACUGGCGCAUGUUCUCCAACAACAAAAAGAGAGCUCUCAUAGUGUGAAAACAAUUUCUUCAUUGUGAAAUUCUGCAUGUAAAGCACUAAUGGAACAUAAUGAAAAGGGAUUUUACUCUAAUUGUCUGAUAUGUUUUUCUUAGAUAUACAUCAGUUAAAAGUGAAGGGAGCGCUGAAAUUAAACUGCCUUUUGAGAUAAGAUUUUUAAGUGCUGACAUGUUGUUUUAAUGUUUACAGGUCAAAUAGUGCCUUGUUUUCUACUUGAAACUUAACUCCAUCUAAAAAGAAAAACAACUGAAACACUCCCAGGGAAUAUGACUUUGUUUUCUGUCAGUCAGUCAUAUCUCUUUGCUCUGCUUUAGCUUCACUGUGUAGCAAAUCACAUUUCUCAACAAUUAUCAGAACAGAGGGCAUGUUUUUACAUCUUUCAUCAUUUUAAUGCAUCAAAUAUAAAUCACAAAUACAUAUGGCAAACAUGCAGAGAGGUGCCAGCAUAUUCCAUAAUAAAGAUUUGAUGUAACAACA